UCCAGGGAUCAGGGCGUGUUGACGAAGAGCUACAUGUAUUUUGGAAUGGCGGUCCGGAUGGCUGUGGACAUGGGCCUGAACAGGAAUUGUUCUGGAUGGGGAUUGAAUCCGAUACAGGUCGAAUACAGGAAUAGGACAUGGUGGUAUCUCUAUGUAUACGAUCGGGUCCAGGGAUCCAGCUACGGAAGACCUUACCUGAUUCAGGACCAGGACUGUGGGGCUGAGAAACCGAAACCGGAUCCAUUGGCUCGUAACCCAGCACAGGAUCAGGAGGAUGUGGAGCAUAUGGUGAACUUGAUCCAUUUAUCAGCAUUGCUCGGUCGGGUGAUGAAC